UCGUGGCUGGUAUCCCACCGGUGUGCUGAGUGGAAGCAUGGCGGCUGCAGCGGAGAAGAAGCCGGUGCUGGAGAUGGUCCAGGCCAGUGGAACGGAUGAGUCAUGUGUAACGUUCGUCUUACAUGAAGAGGAUCACACUCUAGGGAAUCCUCUGCGAUACAUGGUCAUGAAGAACCCAGAAGUGGAGUUCUGUGGGUACAGCAUCACCCAUCCUUCCGAAAGCAAAAUUAAUUUCCGCAUCCAAACACGAAAUGGACUUUCUGCAACUGAACCAUUCAGAAAAGGACUAACUGAACUCCUGGAUGUCUGCCAGCAUGUCUUGGAUACAUUUGAGACCAGUAUGAAGAAUUACACAGACCAGAAGGAAGCUGCAGUAGAAUGACAACCAUCCUUAUCUUAUAUUUGUUUACAAUUUUCCUGGAUGUGAUUAUAAUUAUUUUUAUAGUAAAUGGAAACGAAAAAA